AUGGAUGGGUGCCAGGGGACAGAUUACAGAGGCCUGGCUGCCGGUGCAGGGGGACAGCCCCGCUUUAUCUCACCAAGCGGCCCGGCGCCACCCUGCCUCUCCCCGGGGCCUGAGGGAGGCAGCGCGGCCAUCUCUGCGCUGGGGCUGGAGCGGGCUCUGGCCAGCAGCGGUGAGGCGGCUCGCCUGCCCUCACGGCAAUUCUCUGAGCCCUGCAGCACUGCGCACUCGCCCAGGAGGUUUUAUCCCAGCCCCCAUGCCAGGGAAUGGCCAGGCCACUGCCCGCAGGACCAGCCGCACUUUCUCCUGCCGGUGAGUCCCUGUGUGGAGCUGCCCCACAGCUGCCCCAGAAGGCGCCGGUGCCGCUGUGCCGGAGCCCAGGCCACCGAGGAAGCCAGCGCGAGGGGUUUUGUGGCAAAUGGAGCGACAGCGAGGCUUGCCACAGGGCCACUGCAGCACCCCAGUGAGGAGAGCGAUUGUCCUCAGGCUAUUAAAAUGCAAUUUGCUGAAAGGAAACCACUCCGGCCACAUGCACCCAACUGCAGCGUCCAAGCAGCGCUGGAAUCGCCGCCACCACAAGAAAGCCGGCAGCCCCCAUUAGCAGGGAAAUCCAUCUUUUACAGGAACCACAAUGGACCAUUAGCUUUUAACCAGGUUUUAGGGGUGGGGAACAGCCUUCCUGUUGGACAAACCCUAAGAAGGAAAUAACUGGCUCCAAACAUCCAGGGGCUGUGGGCAGUUCAGAGCCGAGCUAGCUCUGAACUGCGCAGCUGGAGCUCGCUGGUACAAUGCAGCCAGCUCCUGCGCGUGGAUGAGCCGGUGGCGGAGCUGCAGGGAGCUGCCCUUAUUUAUUUGUUCCUACGGCACAGGCAGAGACAAGGGCCCUGUUUUAUGUUCCCCUGCAGGAAGGUGAUAAAGUGCCCGGGAGCUGCUGGAAUCCAUUCUCCAAUAAAUUCAAAGGGAAAGGCCAUUUUUUUGUGCCCUGGAAGAUUGUGAGGGCUGAGGGAUGCUGGAAGGCAGUAAAAACUGAGGCAGUGCAUCGCACACUAGUGUGGAAGGAAGCCACCAGAGCAAUUUUGCUGGGAGCCAGGUGGGAAUCUGUUUGGAGUCCUGAAAAGUCUGUCAAGGCUGUGACAGCAACCAAUCCUACUCCCAUGUGUCUGAGGAAGAGCAAAUCAACUUAAUUAGGUACCAAGGAAGCAAUCCGAUUUGCUUCUGGAGUUGGAUGAUUUGUGCAAAUAAAUUGUUACAGAAUA